CUCAGCUGUGAAUCGCUUGUAGAAGGAGUGCGUCGUAGACUAGAUAAUUUUGUGCUGUAUUUGAAAUGUACUCGCAGACUCAAGGAGAGAUCUCUCCCACCCAACUUGACACUAUGACAAGGGAGUUGCUAAUGAAAAAUAUAUCAGCUCUGAAGGUUGAAGCAGGCUUUAGACACAUUGAAAACGGCACGAGGAGUGGAGAGCAGACUGGCAAUGAUCGAGUGUCAGAUGCUUUUGAGAUCAUUAAAGAAGAGAACUUGUCAGCAGAGGGCAGAGUCUACCGAAGGAAGAAGAAAAUGAAGGAGGAAGAUAAAUUGGAAAAGGUUGAGAAAGAUUAUCUUAAAGCCUGCAGGCAAUUAAAAGUUUUAUGAAGUGGACAAAGGAUAUUGUCCAAGAAAUUUGACAGUUCAGCACUUAUGUAAAGAAGAAAGAUUCACGUAUUUUUAGUUCUGUGUUGACAAAAGUCAGAACCAUUAUUUAUCUCACGAUUCUGCAUUUAGGAUCAUGAGUGACAACUUUUAUUUUCCAUGUUUGUUUGAAACAUAACUUUGUUACUACUACUGUGUUCAUAAAAUUAAUUGGAAUUAAUUCUUUGUUUAAAAGACAAAUUUUAUUAAGCAAAUUUCAUUGUACAGUUUGAAAGCUAAAUAAAAAUAUGACUUUAA